GAUGAGUGUGAGAUUAGGACUCUUAAGAUGGGUUAAUGAAAAAUGUCCACAAAUGAAGGCAAGUAACAUUGAAAGCAUGUCAGAUGGAAGACAUUUCUUAUGUUUACUCCGAAGAUACUUUCCUGAAAUUGAAAUUCCAUAAUUUAAAAAAAAUUCAACAGUCGUGUCUCGUUUAGAAACCUUAACAUAAGUAGCUCAUUAUUGUUCGAAAUUAGACAAUUCAAUGAAGGUUGAUAUUUUAAAAAUAGCAAAUAAAGAGUCAAAUAUGAUUUUAAAUUUACUCAAAUUUAUAAAAUCAAUUCUAGAUAAAACACCAAUUAAAAAAAAUAUUAAAAAGGAAGAAAUCCCGACUAUUAUGAAGGAACAGAAAAAUGAAUGCCAAAAAAUUAGUGAGGAGAUUGUAAUUAUUCCAUUUCCAAAAAAAUAAACCAUGGAUUAAGGAAUAUAAACUAUCCCAAUUUAAGAAGAGAAACCUUUGCAAAUUUUAUAAGAAAAAAUAAAGAAGAUAUUAUAAUCUAAAUUGUAGAGUCCUCAUUUAGAAUUAGAAAUACUUUAAUUAUUAGAGAAAGAUAAGGAUGUGUUCAAUCUUUAAUUAUUUUAUCAAGUUAAGGCAUCUAGAGCGAGCAUGAAGCCAUCCAAAAUUACAGAAUUCAUGUCGAUUCAUAGUAGUUAGUUUUUUAAUAGAGUGGAAUAGAAUUUAUUUGACCCAGAAUACUCAUUCGAUUAGAAUUUAGCAAGCAAAAAGAGUGUAUUAGAGGAUAGUUUAUUUCAAGUUAGCGAUGAAAAAUAAAAUUAUUGA